CUUGAAUAGAGAAUGUUGCUCUUAAACGGACUUUUCCUGAUCUCGUGUGGAGCUUUGAUCUCCGCCAAAUGGCUUCCGGGUAGGAUUGUCGGUGGCAACUCGGUGGCCAUCACAUCGGUUCCGUGGCAGGUGUCUUUGCAAAUUAAUGGAAGACAUUUUUGCGGCGGCUCCAUCUACAGGGAAGACAUCGUUAUAACGGCUGCGCACUGCAUGGCUUCCAUUCGUCCCAUAUCCCUUUCCGUGAGAGUGGGUUCCACAGACAGCAACUCGGGUGGUCAGUCGGUGAGGGUUUCCAAGAUCCUGGUGCACGAGGAUUACGAUGAGAACACGGUGGCCAAUGAUGUGGCCGUGCUCCGCCUGGAGUCCCGUCUUACACUGAAUGCUAGUGUCCGCGCUAUUCCGCUGGCUUACAAAGUUCCCAGGACCGCAGAUUCUGCUCGAGUAAGUGGAUGGGGGGCCAUUGGAUAUCAGAAGCCGGCGUCCAGCACUCUAUUGGCUGCAGACGUGGCUAUUGUGGAUCAGGAUCAGUGCAAUAGGGCCUACGGUGGAUUGAUUCAGAAUGUCAUGAUAUGUGCUUCGGCUCCGGGAAAGGAUUCGUGCCAAGGAGACUCCGGCGGUCCUCUGGUCUCGGGCGGAAAACUUGUGGGCAUUGUGUCCUUUGGCAAUGGAUGUGCCAAUCCCAAUUAUCCAGGAGUCUAUGCCAAUGUGGCCAAACUAAGGUCCUGGAUCCGUAAUGCAGCUAACAGGAUUUAAAAAAUUACUAGCAAUUGUUACUUGCAAUUAAAUUUGAAAAUAUAAU